CCGAUAAGUAAAAGCUCAACGCCUGAAGGAAGUACAAGAGGACAAGAUCUGAAGCCGAAAGAAUCUUCUUUUCCCUACAGUAUUCAGUUUUAUGGUUCGUAGUACUAUCAUAGGUGGAGUACUCAAUUACGCAUUACCAGAGAGAAAGAUAGGUCAUUCCAGCAUUACAACUGGUUAUUAAUAUAAGCAUCGUAAAAUCCUAUUUUUGAUCGUUGAUUUUUACUCGUAUGCGUGAAGAAUGACUGCUGAAAUUCAGCAACCCUCCGUGCAGACCCCUCCUCACAAUAGCCCGAUGUCGGAGAAACCACACGGACAGACGCCUGUGAUGGAGACCUCCUCUUCCUCCUCCAGCACCAAAACAAAAAAGACGAACGCUGGAAUCCGUCGUCCUGAAAAGCCCCCGUACUCUUACAUUGCUCUCAUUGUCAUGGCCAUCCAGAAUUCUCCAACCAAACGACUGACUCUAAGCGAAAUUUACCAGUUCCUUCAGAGCCGCUUCCCGUUUUUCAGAGGCUCGUAUCAAGGCUGGAAAAACUCGGUGCGUCACAAUCUGUCUCUGAACGAGUGCUUUAUCAAGCUGCCCAAAGGUCUGGGUAGACCCGGGAAGGGUCACUACUGGACCAUCGACCCGGCCAGUGAGUUCAUGUUCGAGGAGGGAUCUUUUCGCAGAAGGCCGCGAGGAUUCAGGCGCAAAUGUCAGGCGCUCAAACCUUCUAUGUACAGCAUGAUGAACGGGCUGGGAUUCAAUCACAUACCUGAGUCUUAUAAUUUUCAAUCGGGCGGCGGGGGCCUGUCUUGUCCUCCAAACAGUUUACCUUUGGAGAGUGGGAUUGGGAUGAUGAAUGGACAUUUGGCCAGCAAUAUGGAAGGAAUGGGCUUGGCAGGACACUCUAUGUCACAUUUAUCAACGAAUAGUGGACAUUCCUACAUGGGCAGUUGCACAGGAUCCUCGGGGAGUGAAUACCCCCACCACGACAACUCUGCAUCGCCGCUUCUAACCAGCGGGGGAGUGAUGGAGCCGCAUGCCGUGUAUUCUAGCACAGCCUCGGCCUGGCCUCCAGCGCCCACGGGCUCCCUAAACAACGGGGCGUCUUACAUCAAACAGCAGCCGCUCUCUCCGUGCAACCCUGGAACCAAUUCGCUACAGCCCAGUUUACCCAUACACUCAAUGGAACAGUCCUACCUGCACCAGAAUGGCCACGGAACCACCGAACUUCAAGGUAUACAACGCUAUCAUUCCCAAUCUCCCAGCAUGUGUGACAGGAAAGAGUUUGUCUUCUCCUUUAACGCCAUGACCUCUUCAUCGAUGCAUUCAGCAGGGAGUAGCUCGUUCUACCACCAUCAGCAGGUCUCCUAUCAGGACAUCAAACCCUGUGUAAUGUGACAGCAUUGUUGCAUGCAACUACUGCAACGAGGAGCAAC